CUCUCUGUCUUACUUCUGACUUCCUUCCAGGGCAUUCCUGCACUCCGGCUGCUGUCCCCAGCCCCCCAGCCUGCUGCUGCCCCGUAAGCACCCCAGAUUAGACCUCCUCAUGGUGUCAGCAGGUGGGCCUGAGCCUCCGGCAGGCACCCGCUUAUAGACCUCAGGCCUGAGACCUCUGACUUCCCCUCACGGGUGGACAGGCCCUGGUGGCUCACCUGAGGGCCACCUCUGCCCCAGUCCUGCUGGCCCCACUGAUGUCCGGCUGAGACACAGCCGUGGUCGGAGCUGCCCAUUGCCUCCUCUUGGCUCCUGAGGUUAGCUCCACGGAGGACAACCCCUUGGACACCAGGCGACUAACGGACGCAGCCGCAAGCCUCAGCAGCAGCAUGGGCAGUGCCAGUCCAGGCCUGAGCAACGUGUCCCCCGGAUGCCUGCUGCUGUCCCCAGAUGUGGCGCUGCGGCCAGGUGUGGCGAAGGCAGAGGAGGGAGCAGCGGGCCCUGAGAAGCGGGAAUGGAGCCCCAGCCCGCCCGCCACCCCGGAGCAGGGCCUGUCUGCCUUCUACCUCUCCUACUUUAACAUGUACCCCGAGGAUGGCAGCUGGGUAGCCAAGGUCCCCGCGGCCAGCGCCAGGGAGGAGCUGCUGGAGGAACCUGAACAGUGCCCGGUCAUCGACAGCCAGGCCUCUGGGGGCAGCCUGGAUGAACACUCGCUAGAGCAGGUGCAGUCCAUGGUGGUGGGCGAGGUCCUCAAGGACAUCGAGACAGCGUGCAAACUGCUCAACAUCACAGCGGACCCUGGGGACUGGAGCCCCGGCAACGUGCAGAAGUGGCUGCUGUGGACGGAGCACCAGUACCGGCUGCCUCCGGCGGGCAAGGCCUUCCAGGAGCUGGGCGGCAAGGAGCUGUGUGCCAUGACGGAGGAGCAGUUCCGCCAGCGCGCACCCCUGGGCGGAGACGUGCUGCACGCUCACCUGGACAUCUGGAAAUCAGCGAGGAAAAGGAAACCCCUAAACACGGUGACAGCAGCUCUCACGGCCUGGAUGAAGGAGAGGACCUCGCCCGGGGCGCUUCACUACUGCGCCUCCACCAGCGAGGAGGGCUGGACGGACGGCGAGGUGGAUUCGUCGUGCUCGGGGCAGCCCAUCCACCUGUGGCAGUUCCUCAAGGAGCUGCUGCUCAAGCCCCACAGCUACGGCCGCUUCAUCCGCUGGCUCAACAAGGAGAAAGGCAUCUUCAAAAUUGAGGACUCUGCACAGGUGGCCCGGCUUUGGGGCGUGCGCAAGAACCGGCCGGCCAUGAACUAUGAUAAGCUAAGUCGCUCCAUCCGCCAGUAUUACAAGAAGGGGAUCAUUCGCAAACCCGACAUCUCUCAGCGCCUGGUCUACCAGUUUGUACAUCCCGUCUGAGAGCCACAGAGGCCGCAGGCCGACCACCCGCCCCAGACAGCCACUGCUGUCCUGCUGGCCUGGGCCUCUGCCCAAUCUGAAUGCCCAGAGUCCAAGGUCACAGAGAAAAGGUCACUUGUGUGGGGAUGAACAUGAGCUCUCUGGGUCCCUCUGCAGGUCAUACUGCUCAAGUACACAGACCCCUGGAGGGUCUUGGGAACUAAGACGGCUUACAAUUGGAAAUGUCCCCAAGCCAGGCUUGGACUGUGGGAUUCUCAAGAGAACCACCUACGUCACCAAGGCAACUCACAGGACAAUGACGUUCCCACUUUCUGCUCCUGCCACCCAUCCUGUACCAUGACUGGCACGGUGCUAAGAAGUGUCUGCACCCUGUGUUGGGGAGUCAGGGGUGCCCUAAGGAUGGAUAAUAAAGAUACAAGAUAA